GAGAGGAUGGGUCAGCUAGGGUUUGAAGAAACCCCACCUCCCCCUGGCGGCGCCUCUCUGAUCCGGACUGGCAUCGCCGUCCGACACACACAUCGAAGUUCCGCCUUAACCGUGCGAUCUGCCCUCCUCUGCGUCGCGGCGGCACAGCCACCAUUGCCACCUCCGUUCGCCUCCUUUCUCUAACCGUCAGCCACCGAACCACCGGCACCGCCUUUCUGUCACUCCAGUCUCGUGUCAUUGCCAAGCAACCACUCAAACAGUCACCGCCCCCUUCUCCGACGGUCUUUCACAACACCGCCACGAACCACUGCCUUUUCAGCUUCCUCUAUCUCACAGUCCUCUCUUCCCCCCUCCCCUCCCCCUCUCUCUCUACUUCUGUGCUUUCUCAUUCCUCAGCCAAUUCGUCGCUGGCCGCCGUCGUCCGUUGUUGGUCAAGAUAUUUGGAAAUUAGCACACUGUUCUACUAUUGUUUGACUAAGAUUAUUUAAUGCGUUGAUGCAUUGCUAAAUUUUCGGAUACAUAUUGGUUUUGCACCUUCUACUGGUCCUUGUUUUCUGUCAUGAAGAUACUACGAGCCAAUGCUGGGGCACUUACCAAUUUCGAAGUGCUUGAUUUUCUAAGGUCCAGAGGUGCUGCAAAGGAUCCCACUAGAAUUAUUGUUCCUGUAGCACCAUCAGAAUUCAAGGUUUUUGAAUAUUUGGAGCAGAGUGCUGCUUGCUGCCAAACGAGGGAGAGCAUCAAGGAAUUUGUGGAAAAAUGUAAAAAGUACAACCUAGCGAAAGCUGAGAUUCUUAACAUUAUCAAUAUUAGACCAUCUUCUGUGGUUGAGAUUGACCCGAUAGUAGAGGAAAACGAAAAACGGCUGGGAGACAGCGUUGAAGAAUUGGUGGAGAUGGUGGCAGAGGUGUUUCCACCGCCUCCAACAAAAACGGAACUUGAUGAGGACAAACAAGAAGAAAUUCCUGAUGGACAAGAAAUGGAGACAAGUUGACACCGCGUUGGCAUUGCAGUUUAAACAAAGGAAUCUUCAAACUCACAAACUUGAGCAAUUGGAACAUGUUUCUAUUGCAAAGUUGAUGAGGACAAACAAGAAGAAAUUCCUGAUGGACAAGAAAUGGAUACAAGUUGACACCGCAUUGGCAUUGCAGUUUAAACAAAAGAAUCUUCAAACUCACGAACUUGAGCAAUUGGAACAUGUUUCUAUUGCAAAGUGAAACAAAAUCUGCUCUGUUUUGGGCUCUUUCUUAGUAUUCAGAGUCUGAGGAGGUUCUUUGCAAUUUCCAGCAGGGUUAUGGAUUAAUCUCAAGUGUUGAAAAAUGCUUCUUUUUCUGUAGAUAAGGAUAAAAAAUCAAAAUAUGGAUAAAUUUUUUUAUCACGCUAUGUUUUGGUUGGAUUUGAUCAAGUCUGUUAAUGAUCAGAUUAGAUUAUA